CGAUGCAAAUUUGCGGAGCUGGGCCUUACGAUCAACAUCUGAUGCUGGGCGAACACGAAUUAACGGAUCACAGUCAGAGUCUUGCGGCGCUUGGGAUAUUCCCCGGGGCACUUCUCACCUUAAAGAUCGACACACCGAUAGAAAACGAAGCAGACGUCACGUCAGAUGCGAACAAUCCCGAGUCCAUUUUCCCGGAAAAGGGUUUCAAGGGAACGGAAUUGGUGCCGAGCUGAUCUGCGUCACCAAGGAUCAGGGGUUAGGCAAUUUGUGGCGGGACGUUUAAUAACGAUAGUCGCGAUUUAACAUAAAAUAUUUUUCUACACGAGUUAUCUAUAUACAUACUAUAUACAUAUAUACAUAUUAAUCUGUACAAUAACGUAUACAGAAGGCGAGAUAUAUUACGUUGCUGUAGCAUAUAUGCGUGUGUGUGUGCGUGCAUGUGUGUAUAGAGAGACAGGGAUGUAAGUCGAAUGAUUGCAUUUUUUUUUUUUUUUUAAGCAUUAUUACCAUUGUUUCACGCACAGGUAGGGGUGAGUCUGAGAAAGGUGAGAAGUUGCGGAGGAAUGAGUGGCGACGAAGAAACCCAAAGAAAGAAAGAUUCGGCGUCCCUCUUUUUUGUAAUUAUUAUUAUUGGCGAGUCUUUCGGUGGCUAACGCGCCACAUCCGAAGUAGAGGGACGAUAGAACAGAGUGUAACUCAACAGAAAUAAGGAGAGAAAUUUUUUCGCGAAGGGAUGGUUACGUAAAAAUGAAACGAAUCUUUUCUUACAUUUUUCUAGCGUCAAGUAGCGAUUAGAAAUUUAAAACAAAAUCCUGCAUCUCAUUUCCAAGAAAACGGAAGCCCAGUUUCACGACAAACGAAAUCAACAUCUCUUCCUCUGUCGCAGAGUAGCGAUUGAGAAAGAAAACUCACCCUUUUUCGCGCAUCAAGUAAUUUAGUUCCGCCUUUUUGGCGUUGUGCAUUCUCUGUCCUAGAUUUAGAUUCUUUGCUCUUGAAUGUUUGCUUCGUUCGAAACGGAGAACGUUCUAUUAGUUUAUAACAUUCCUUCCUUUCUCUGUUUCCUCUUAACCCUUUAACCGGGGAUGACGAUUUAACUCGUCACUAAAAUGCCUCUCCAGCGCUCAAGGCGAGCCAACUCAACUAGAUUUCUAGAUAUUCCAAUUCCUCGGAAACAGAUCUUCCAAUCUUUCAAUUGCGCGUUACCUCGUCAUUCCCAGUUGCAAGUUAACUCGCCAAAGAGUUGGGUGGUGUUUCACGACGAAAAUCGUUUCAGUAUUAAUAUUACUCGUUAUUUUUCACUGUUGAUUAUCAUUCAAUAAUAAAGUUAAAUUAUUCUUUGGCGAUAUAAAUUAAACGAUAGAAUAUUAAAUAAUGCAAAAUACAAGUGAUGUAAAUAGCACAAAAAUGAUACAGCAACACGGGAUUAAAAUGGGAAAAAUAACACGGGAAAUAAAAUAAGGAUUAGCGAAGUAACUGGUAAACUCAUUUUCACGAGCCAUUCUUUCCCGUUGGAUGACUACUCGAGAGAACAACCCAGUGUGUGAAUUUGUGUCUUCGCUGUGUUGUAACAUGGUGCUGAGCAGAAUUGCAUUUCAAAUAGAGAGAGAGAGAGAGAGAGAGAGAGAGAGAAUGAUUCGAGUUUUGGGUAUCGCUGACGCACGUAUACAUUUAUAAUACAUUUGUACGUUAGAAAUUGGUGCGCACGAAUGCGAGGAUUGCGUAUGAUGGUACCGAUCAAAUGGUACCCGCGAAUAUUUUUGGUGUCAAAUACAAGAAGCGAUACACGAGAAGCUUCUUUCUUUCUUUUCUUUUUUCUUUUUUUUUCUCUGCACUUUGACGAAUUCGCUGUACUGACCGAAACUUCCUUUUUUUUUCCAUUUCUUACCUCCCCCUCGGUUCUCGAUGUAUCGUUGUCAUGCGAAACUGUGUACAUGGCUGUAUCGUUGCAUAGACAAUGGUUAUAGGUGCGUUGGAUGAGGAUCUAGAGAUCGUAGGAGUAAUUUACUGUUCGUCGUAGAAGCUGAGAAUAAAAUGGCACAGUACUACUGAUUAUGUA